CGGGAAAGCAGCCCCAGGACCUUGAUCUACCGCUGUGAUUCCCAUCUUCUCCUCCAGACAUUCACAACCACUUCUAUACACUCAACACAAAGAUGAAGUUCCUCAGCAUUCUCGGCGUUGCCUUGAUCUCGGCCAGCGCAUCGGCGCGUAGCCUUGGCUUCAUGGGAAGCGACUCGCAGCACGCGCUCGAGGAAGAGUUCCCCGUUCCAGGCGACAACCCUCUGCUCUUCUGCGCCGCACCCAAGGACAACAUUCUCGAGAUUGAAAAGGUCGACCUGUCGCCCAACCCUCCCUCUGCUGGCGUCACUCUGUCCAUCAAGGCUUCGGGAGUCUUGUCGCAGGAUGUCGAGGAGGGAGCAAAGGUGCACCUGCAAGUCAAGUACGGAUUGAUCCGCAUCAUCAACCAGGAAGCCGACCUUUGCGAUAACCUCAAAAAUGUCGAUCUUGAAUGUCCCUUGAAGAAGGGGCCCAUGGAGUUGACCAAGGAUGUCGAUCUCCCCAAGGAGAUUCCUCCGGGCAAGUACACUGUUCUCGCCGACGUCUACACCAAGGACAACGAGAAGAUCACCUGCUUGACCGCUACCGUCGUCUUCAGAAGAGGUGGUGCCUUUGAGGUUGUUGCCUAGACGACCAUCGCCUGCAAGCAUGGAGAGGAACGAAGGACGAGGACAAGAUUGCAUGGGCAUCAUGUAUUAUUGGACGACGAUGUUGGAAGCGCACAUGGCACACUCAGCAUUGCAGUACACGGAGCAGUAGUAGUAAUAAUGUCAUCAUCAUGAAGUGUUGAAGAAAGUCUUUCUCUCUGUAAUUCGGGGGGUAUCGUGUGAACUUGGCAAACAAACUGGAAACUACUCUCCAAACAACUUCUUGACACGCUUCAUGACGCUGUCCUUUUCCGGGUCGUAAGGGUGGUCCUUGGAGGGGAUCUCGAGGAGCGAGGGGAAGGCUUGGGUGUACGAGUCGACGCGGCUGCGAAUCUUGUCGGCGAUCUGUGACGGGGGGUGAGUAUGGAAAGAGGAA